AAAGUAGCUAGAUUUGACGAGAAAAGAGCUACGUUGGCAACACUGUUUGUAGUAAUAAUGACUAGAAUAAUCAUUUUAUUUCGGAAUGUAAAUCGGAUGCUAAACAGGGGAUAUAUUCCAAAUCGGAAGUGCUAAAUGUGCGGCGAACGAGAGACAAUGCCGAUUGAGUGAGGCUAGAACGAAAUUCGGGCAGAGCGACCGCGCCGCGUGCGCCCCGCUUUUGCAUUUGUGUGUGUAUCAUGGACAAGCUACGAAACAACAACAAGGAGAAUGCACCCAUCGAGUACCCCCACCCCCACUCCCAUCCCCACCCACAGGCACCCCUACCACCGUUGGAGGGGGGAGGCGGAUAUGAGGAUGCGGAAAGUAACAAGAGUACUCCCUACUUCACGCCUCUGGAGUUCCUGCAGACCUCCUUUGAGUUCCCCUCACCCACAGCGGAAAAGGUUCCUUCGGGAAUCCCAGAAUCCUCCGCCGAGGACGAUGAAUCCACGAGGGCCUGCUACACUCCCAAGCAGUUCACUAUUGCCAGCGCCCACAAUCCCCACCAGCAAUCGCCCACGCUGAUCCGCAAGUUCAAGCGCUUUUCGGUGUACGAACGGCGAUCCUGCUCUCCCCACAUCGCCUCCACCGCGGGAGAGGAUCGGGGGGUUGGCGGCGGCGGGCGUGGUACUGACAAGGAGAAUACCAUGCCCAAGGGCGGCAGUGAGGAGCACGACCUGGAGAACAGCCUGUACCUGUCUAAGAGUGAGCACAACUCACCAACAAUCAUCUUCAAGGAUGAAUCCUCCACGACUCCGGGUGUCCAUCACUUCAGCUACUCCCCCAAACUGCUCUCCUCCAACAUCAACAACCUGAACCUAUCCGGAUCGCCGUUGAAUAUAAUUAACUCCGCGGGAUACAAAAACGGCAAUUUCUUUCGAUUCCCCGAGAUCGACCACAUGGUGCAGGUGCAGGAUGUGCCGAUGGAGAUCUCCAACUUGGAGGAUGCUGCCCUGGCAGUUGUGGAGCCCCAGGAGUACCAGGAGCAGCAGCAGCAGCACCAUCAGCAGAAGUCGGAGGGUCGAAAGAACCGCAAGAAUAAGAACAAUCUCACCAUUCGCAUCACCGAUGCUCCCAUCAAGAGUUCCAAUCAGCCCUCCCCGUUACCGAAGCCAAAAACCCCGACUAUUAAGAGCACCAAAGAGAAGGCCCGAUCCCUGGACUCUGCCGCCAACGAGUCGGAGCUUUCGAUCGUGGUGCACAACAUAACCGAAUCUCACAGCAGUUGCGAUGACAUGGAGUCCGGGCAUGGCAAACCAUCGACCACCAUCCUCCAUCAGCACCUCCUGCAGCAACCCAACUCUGGAAUCCACUCCACUUCAUUGUCCCGCCUGGACAGCCAUCUGAGCCUAGCCAACCAGAGACGGACGCCGCGACGAAAGUCCCCGGGAAUCCACAACACCGACUGGAUGAUGUACCACCGCAUGCAGAACCCGCAUCACUGCAGCUCCACCGCCCAGAGUUCCCUGGAUUCAGAGUCCAGUCUGACUCCCAGCCUGGGUGAUUCGGAGCUAAGGUCCGCCUGCAGCGUGGACGGGGGCUCCAAGUUCGGUUUGGGUGCUAGCCUCGCCCCACGAAGCGCCCACAAGCACAACCUGGUCCUGCACUCGUCCAGCACGAAUCUGAAGACGUUGCCCGAGUGCCGGCUGGUUGAGUUCUCCUCCUCUCAGGCUGGGACAUCCAAGGAGUCGCCCUUCAAGCAAAAGUCCAUGGACCUGCCGAUGCCUACGCUCCAAACCAAGGCCACCCUGUCCACAUCCUCCAUGAAUCUGCUCCAGCGAAGGGGGUCGACCCACAGCCUAUCCCUCAACCUGCACAGUUCUUGCGGCAACCUGAUGAACAGUGGGCUCAGCCUGUCCAACUUCAGUCUGGGAACCAACUCAAAGUCCAGCAACAACCUGGACACGGGUGCGACAAAUCAAAUACGAACGGAUCAGCAUGCCCAGACGCAUCUGAUGUCCGGCGGCAACCAAGGUAGUCGGCAAGGACAGUUCCGGAGGAGGGGAUCGAAUCACAGCAUCACCCUGAAGGCGGGACACACCACCACCUCUUGCGGGGACCUGAAUUCCAUACAACAGCAACAGGCGAUGCUAAACACUGAAAAGUACAACCGGUUGGGAAUGCGCACCAAUUCCACGGGCUCUGGCUCCGGCUCGGGCUCCAAUGUGCCCACUCCGAAGAAAGGACUCCUGGAGAGGCGCGGCUCCAAUCAGAGUCUCACACUCAACAUGGGAAGCCUUCUUGGCGGAGCUACAACUGAGAUUCAUGUCCAGGACGUCAGCCAGCCGAAGGUAACCGUGUGCAGUUGUGCCGCUGGAAGCCAAGCCCCCCAUCAGCGCAAGUUCUUCAGCACCGAGAACCUGAACAGCAGCAAGGCCAGCGGCCAGCAGUUCUUCGGACAGGUGUGCUUUGGAUCCGCCUCGGACUUGCAACCCAAUCCACAGCAAGAGGUCUCCGGACCAGAUCAGGCCAUUGCAGCCUCGUGCACCUGCGCAGGAGCAGUGCGCAAUAUCAUGACGCGACCCUUGUCGCCCCAAACGACCAGUGAGGAGUUCAAGAUCUACUUGGCGAGCAUACAGAUGCUCCAGAGCGCCACCAAUCCCCUGAAUCAGUUUGACUUGAUCCGGUUGAACUAUGUCUUUGACCAUAGUUACCAGUCGAACAGAAACAUCAUAGAACAACCUCCACUGCUGGGAACCAAUGGACGGGAUGGCGAGACUCCGACGGAUUUGGUGCCUCCCAGCUCGGAAGACAGUGAACUCCUGGCCUGCUAUCAGGCGGUGGUCAAGAGAAUUGUACAGUGUUUACCCCAACUGGAGGAGGACGAGCAGAAGCGUAUCUUUCGGGACCUGCACAAGGAGUUUUGGGACCUGCCCUUAAACCACCAGGAAAAGCCCAUGGUAUUCGGAUCGCAGACAAAGAAUCGCUACAAGACGAUCCUUCCGAACGAGCACUCCCGCGUCCUGCUGGAAAAGGAGUCCAAUGAACUGAUGAGCUUGCAGGAGGACAGGUUACAGACCAUUGCCGUGGCCACUGGCGAGGAACAGCCCUACAUCAAUGCCAAUUAUAUAAAGGGACCCGACUACGUGUCCAAAUGCUAUGUGGCCACCCAAGGUCCGUUGCCGAACACCAUCUACGAGUUUUGGCUGAUGGUGUACCAGAACACUCAGCGCUACAUUCGUCGCUGCGUGGACGGCGGAAGCAGUAACAGUCCCCACAUCGAUCGGGCGCACAUACUCCAGCAAUACUUCCAGAAGAUUAUCAUGUUGACCAACUUUACGGAGGCUAACCGACAAAAGUGCGCAGUCUACUUUCCAGUCGAGCUGAACGAAAUCUUUGCUGUGGCCGCCAAGUGCGAGGUGUUCCAGUUGAGUUCCCUGGCCCGGGACUAUUUCGAUCGCUACCUGACGCCCACUUCCGUGCCGGACACUGUGGUGGCAUUGGCUGAUUCGAUCGACCAGGAACUCAGUGGACGCCACAUUGGAGUCGAAUCGGUUAAGGUGACGCUGGACGGCGAUCUGCUGGGAUCUUUGCCCGCUCAGAGCAGCUUUUUCCUGAUCAAGAAUGUUGGAAUUGUGCGGAGGAACGGUUACUCGGUGAGGAAACUGGUGCUCCUCUACUGCAUUCAGGUUCCGCAAAGUGGGUGCUACCAUUUGCAAAAGAUCUGCUGCUAUCACUAUUGGUAUCCCGACUGGCCGGACCACCACUCGCCAAAGGACAUCAACACGCUCUUGGAUACCUGCCUUCAUGUCCUGAAUCUCGGAAAGUGCGAGUCGGAGUUCGACAACUACGACGAAAAGAUGAGCGUGCGGAAUGCCCACCUGGCGGCUCAGAGGCUGGAGAUUUAUCGACAGGACAUAUUCAAUGCAGUCCAGCCGCUGCCGGUGAUCCAUUGUUCGGCGGGGAUUGGGCGUACCGGAUGCUUCACUGCAAUCCUGAACGCCGUACGGCAGCUGCGCCAGUCGCUGGCAUAUUCCCUGACUGGAAUGCUCACCAAAACCCUGACCAGCAACGAGGCAGAUCAGUUUCUGUACCCCUCGGAUAACGACAGCAGCUUCACGUGCAACACUAUACGGCAUAUCAAGCACAUUUUAAACAGCAAGGAGGACACGGAGGCGGUUGAGACGCCACCCUCCUUUGAUCGGUUGCCAAAGAUGCCGGAAAUUUAUGUGGACGUGCUGGGCAUCGUGUGCAAUCUGCGCCUGCAACGCGGCGGAAUGGUCCAGAACUCGGAGCAAUACGAGCUGAUUCAUCGAGCCAUUUGCCUCUACUUGAAGCGCACACUUGCUUUAAGAAGAUUUUAAUGAAAGUAUAUAAUAGAGAUGAAACAUUUUGACGACGAGUAGAAGAACAAAACACCAAUUUACUAUUUGUAAUCGCAAUUUUUGUGACCCUUAUUUUAAUGAACAAGCAACAUUAACCAGAAUCCAGAAUCAGAAACAGAAUCCAUGGCUAAAAGAGUCUCGAAACAACACAUACUUACAUAUAUGGGAUGGCAUUUUCCGUACGGAAUAGACGACAUGCUCUCAAUGUUUGCUAAAUAUUACUAUUACCACAUAUUCUAUAUAUAUAUAUAAAUGUUUAUUAAGUGUUGGAUGUAUGUGUGUUAAAUGUGUGCAUGUACAUAAGUGUAAAUGUUUCCGACUUUUGGUGUGAACUAUGCUUAAAGUAAAGUUAAUUAACAAUUAUUAUACCUUACCUUACCUUACCUUACCA